GAAAUACAUUUAAACAGAAGACGUGUUUAAAGGUUGAAAGACUGCAGUCUUUUCUAAACUGUACUGUUCUGGGUUGUUGAGCUGUACAAGCAAUGUCUAAUAUCAGUGAUGAUCCAGCAGUAUUUACUACUGACACAUUACCCUCUGACCCUCGCUUCAUGGCAACUGUAGCCAAUGGGUAUUUGGGCACCAAAAUCUAUGACAAAAUCCUGCAUGUGAACGGGGUGUACAAUGGAGGAGUUGGAGACUGUCAUCGAGCUGAUGUUCCGAGUCCUGUAAAUGUCAGGCUAAACAUACACAGUGAAAAAGAGCUGAAGCAAAGAUUUACCUUAAAUACAAGAACAGGAACUUUUACCCAUACUCUGAGCUCAGAUGAUUACCUUGUAACACAAUACAUCUUUGCCCACCGGUCACUUGUGAAUCUCUUAGCUAUAGAGGUAUUGAUAGAAAGGCUAGUAUCCACUGAUGAGCCCAUCACUGUCCAGCUUCAAUCAUCCUUCAGACCUGCAAGCCAAGACCUGGAUUUGAAAGUCGGGCCAGAGUUCCAGGGAGGAAUGUACAUCUUUGGCAAAACUCUAGUCCCAGAAGUCAAAGGGGCUCCACAACCAAUCAUCCAUAUGAUAUGGACUCCUGUUCCUGAAACAGUAACCCUUCCAGCAGGGGAACAGAAAAAAUCUUGGAUGCUCCUAACUGCUCUAGCAGAAUCUGAAGAGGAUGUGAAAGUGCGUUAUUCUGAAGGGAUGUCCAAGAUAGAGUCUGGACAGCUUAGAUCAUCACAUGAAGAUGCCUGGGCAAAGUUCUGGCAGGGAAGUUACAUUAAAGUAAAAGGUCCUGCACAGCUGAGCCAGGCAGUGCAUGGCUGUAUGUACUAUCUCUUGAGUUCACUUCCUCCAUUGCAAUCAGAAGACUUCUUGUUCAAUGGAAUUAGCCCUGGAGGAUUAGCCAAUGGUAAAAGAGGAGAGGAUUACUGGGGUCACGUCUUCUGGGAUCAGGAUACAUGGAUGUACCCUAAUGUUCUGCUUUUCUAUCCAGAGAUUGGACGUGAUAUUCUAAACUACCGGAUACGGACUCUUAAUGGAGCUACACAAAAUGCACAAAAACAAGGAUACAAGGGAGCGAAAUUUCCAUGGGAGAGUGCAGUGACUGGAGAGGAGGUUUGUCCAGAAGACAUCUACGGAGACCAGGAAAUCCACAUUAAUGGAGACAUAUCCUUUGCAUUUCAGCAAUACUUCUAUCUCUCCCAGGAUCUCAUGUUCUUCAGUGAGAAGGGUGCAUGGGAUGUGGUCAAGGCCAUUGCAGAGUACUGGAGUAGCAGAACAUCAUGGAAUGUAAGCAGUCAGAACUAUGACAUCAUAGGUGUUAUGCCACCAGAUGAAUACCAGGAAGGAGUAAAUAACUCUGUUUAUACAAACGUAGUGGCCAAGUACAGUUUACAGUUUGCAGUUGAUUUGGCUUAUCAGUUACAAAUCGAGGCACCCAAGGAAUGGCAGGAAAUUGCUGAUAACAUCUGUGUUCCAUUUGACCAAGUGAAACAAUACCAUCCUGAGUUUGAUGGCUAUCAACAAGGCACCAAUGUAAAACAAGCAGAUGUGGUCCUGCUUGGAUUUCCUCUCUCUUUUCCUAUGAGCUCUGCAGUAAGAGAAAAUGACCUUGAAAUCUAUGAACGAGUGACAGAUCCUCAUGGGCCAGCAAUGACCUGGAGCAUGUUUGCAGUAGGAUGGCUGGAACUGAAAAGGAUUCAAAAGGCAGAGGCUCAAUUAAAGAAAUGCUACAGUAAUAUCCAGGAACCAUUUAAGGUGUGGACCGAAAGCCAAGAUGGAAAAGGAGCUGUGAACUUCCUAACAGGAAUGGGUGGCUUCCUGCAGGCUGUGCUUUUUGGAUACACUGGAUUCAGGAUUACCAAGAGCAGUUUGAACUUUGACCCGUUACUAACUGAUGACCUGAACGAGCUCAGGAUUAGUGGAAUUUGCUACAUUGGAAACAAGCUAGAAUUCAUCUUCACAAAGGAUACUAUUACUGUAACCUUGACAACAAUAUGGAGCUCCCAGUAUUCUGUCUUAGAAGUUGCCUUAAAGGAUUCAGGACAGCAUUUCCUAUUGCAAAAGGGGCAGCCUGUUUCUUUCCCAUUUGGAGCUGGCCAAAUACAGAAGAGGGCAACCUGCUGGCCUUUGUAACCUAAAUGGAGUUUUGCAAAUUACAAUAAACUCAAGAGGCUUGUGACUAGUGUAAGGAUAAGCAGCUACACUAUAUACAACAGCAAUUAAGUAACUUAUAGCCAUCUGAUAAUUGCAUCCACUGCUGGAUAAACAUUUGAAAAGACGAUCGUUGAUGCUGUCAUAAAAACUGCAAGAAGUUAACACUUGAUGAAAGUACCUUGGUGUAAAUGGGUCAUGUGC